UUUGACCAAUCACAUUCAGCGGAGUGUUGUUACUCUGCAACCCAUUACCCAGAAAAGGAUGAAGAGCUGGUCUCAGCUGCCCCUUGGCAUCACGACCCGUCCAAUCCUGGGAGACAUCGCCCUGUUGAGAGAACCUCCUUCUACUGUCCUACUUUCCUCUUCUCUCUAUUGUCAGCAUCUCUGACCUUUGGCGGUACCUUGUGCUUUUUAAUUGUUACUUAUUAUUUUUCAAGAACAUUAUGUACGUGCAGGGAAAAAAUAGUGUAGCAUCUUCAUCUUCUGACAAUCUCUUGUGACCUUGGCCUCUUCUUACGAACAACUCUCUGUUCGAAACAAAACGUAUUAUCUUACGACCUUCACAGGAAUGGAGCUGUGUUCGCUCUCAUACCCUCGCUUUUCUCUCCAAUGUAUUAACUCUUCAUAACAUGGAGCUAAUGCUUAUUUCAAUCACAUUGGUCAGACAGGAUAAGUACAACUCUUAAAUGAUACAGAUUUUCAGUGCAACUCUUUUAAUAAUACAAAUAAUAAUAAUAAUAAAACUCGAAUCAGAUGGGGAAAUAAUAAAUCCUGACGUACCUCAAAAUUGUACUGAAGCACAUGACUCAAGUAAAUCUGCUGUGACAUUCCACCACUGGUUGCUGGAGGACAGGCGUCUGACUGAUGGACAUCACUGAUAUUCCUUUCAUUCUCAUGAAUAAUGUUUUUUUGUUUUGUUUUUUUUUUCAAUUUUUAUUUCACUUUGUGGCUUGUGUAUGUCCUGUGAACAACUGUGCAGUUUUUGAUGCCAUGUGAUGUUUCAGUUUCUAUAUUUUCAUACAAUUUCCUUUCUUCAUAAUAAUUACACUGAUGAUGAAAACAUUCCAGACUUGCACGGUCCGGGACAUGAAGGCUCCACAGCGAGAGAUUAAAACCACCCACAACAUCACUGGUACCCAUCAACAGAGCAUCAGUGACAUUGGUGAGGAGACAUGUCUCCACAGUGCUGUACCACCAGACCACAGAGCAGCUUCUUCCUCCUCAAAUCAUCAUAGACAGCAUUUUCAUAAUAUGAUGUAUCAGAACUCAGAACACAACACAACAAUCAGAACACCUUGUCAUCAGUACACUGUCCAAUUUUAUCUUUCAAGAAGUUUAAACCCAUUUUAAUAUGCUUUACAACUUCACUCAACCAAAUCGAGACGUCUCUCUAGAGUGGCUUUGCUGUGGUCCUGCCAGUGAGGGGUGACUGGAGGAGGGUAUCAGUGGGGUGGACCAGGUGUCUCAUGCACCUACAGUAUCUCUAGAUCAUCUCAGAGCUCCCUCGCAGGAGUGAACCCCCUCCUGUCACAGCACACGGUGUCCUAUCUGCUGCAGACUGACAGUGCAGUGCGUCUUGGUGGCGCACUGCCUCACAGUCAGGACCAGAGGAAAGUCUGCGGUGGCUCUGAUGUUUUGACCGCAGAGCUUUUUUUUUUUUUUCCCCCUUCUUUUCCUCCCUCCCUCCCCGUGAGCCCUCAGAUGAGGUUCACUGCUGCUACGUCUCGGUCACGUGUCUCUCCUCAGUGAAGGCUUUGCUCUCUGCGGCUCCUCAGCACACAGCCAGAGAUGUCGGGGCUGAAACGUGAGAUGCAACUCAGAGGGACUCGCGCAUAGAGGCAAAGUUAUGGCACGGUCACCAUCGGAGAAAAAGGUCCCGCAGCACAUCGUCUCAGCCCAAAAGUCGCUCACCGCUGACACGCACUGCUUUCUCGGACGCGCAACUCCGGAGCGGCAAACCUCCAAAUUACGCGUCAGAUUUAACUAAGUGAAAAUUGGGACAGGAGCUCAAAAGAUUCCAGCAGCAUUGUGCUGAGUCGAGUGAGGGUCACGAUGCAACAGGCCUGUGGGGUGAAGAUAACAACUCGUCCACAGCUGUACACGGUGUACCUCUAAUCUUGAUGCAGCCAUAGUUACAAGUGCCUCUUCAGCCAACCUGAGGAUGACACUCAGAGAAUAGGACUGCUGAGUUUAUCCGUCAUCUCAAGACAGAGUCUUCAGGCACUGAACAAAUCAGCACCAGAGUGAAACCAAGGCAGCCAUGAACCUGUUCAGGAAGGACGCCAUGACCACCAAGAAGGAGAAGGAGAAAGAGAUCCAGUACGAGGAUCCUCCAGAUGGAGGGUGGGGCUGGAUGGUGGUGCUGCACUGCUUCCUGGUAAAUGUCCUCGUGAUGGGAACCCUGAAAAGCUUUGGGAUCUUCUUCGUGGCAUUUCAAGAUGAGUUUGGAGGAUCGUCAGAGAGCAUCAGCUGGAUCGGUUCCAUCAUGUCGAGUCUGCGUCUGUCCGGAGCACCCCUUGCCUCUGUGGCCUGUGCUAAGCUGGGAACCAGGGUGACCUCCAUCGCUGGGGCCGUUCUGGUUAGUGGAGGCUUCCUCAUGAGUAUCUCCGCCAGUAGUGUGGUGUUCCUCUACAUCAGCAUGGGAGUCAUAGUUGGAAUGGGUUUUGCUCUACUAUACCAAUCCUUCUCAGUGGUCACAGCGCAGUACUUCAGAAAGAGGCUAGCGACGGCGUAUGCGAUCGGGCGCUCUGGCAUGGGUUUGACCUUUGCCCUCGCUCCGUUCACUCAGCUGCUGCUGGACCAGUAUGCUUGGCAAGGGGCGAUGCUGAUUCUCGGAGGUCUCAUGCUCAAUCUGGUGGCCACGGGGAUGCUGCUGCGACCCAUCAAUGUGAAGCCUCCCGUGGCAAACCCUACCUCCUCUCCCAUCCAAAAGAGCCCUGCUGUCUCCAUCAAGAGCUCCUCGGAGAAGGAAUACACUAAGAGCAGCUCUAAUGGCUCCUCUCACUUAUCCAAUGGCAUCUCCAAAUCACACUCAGUCCCCUCCCCUCCUCCUGCUCCUCAUGGGGAUACUGAGGUCCUGGGGAGCCAAUGUACUCAGGGACUCCAGGACCAGUCAGUGAACCCUGAACUGACCAGACUGGUCCUCAAUGGAGUGAAUGGCCAUGAGCCCCACCAUGACUUGGGUCAGUGUAAACCCACAACUCCAGACAGCCCUGCAGAGGUGAACGGCAGCAUGAAUGGCUCCACCAUUGUUGGAUUUCCCUCACAUGCCAGCACGCCGACUGAGGUACCUGUCACAAAAACCAAAGUACUGGAUUUCUCCCUGCUCAAGAACCCCUUCUUUUGCAUCUACACGUGGUCUCUGGUCUUCAGCCAGCUGGCCUACUUCAUCCCUUACUUCCAUCUGUCUGCUCGUGCCAGAACCCUGGGCAUCGAUGCCAUGGAUGCUUCCUUUAUCAUCUCUGUGGCAGGUAUCACAGAGACCAUCGCUCAGCUGGCCUCAGGCUGGGUGACAGACAGGAACCUGUUCCAUAAAUACCACUACCACAAGGCCUACCUGAUCCUCUGUGGCCUCGUCAACCUGCUCUCCCCACUAGCGACAUCCUACAUCCUGCUGAUGGUUUACGCCAUCUUCUUCGCCAUCUUCUGCGGUGGAUACAUGGCUCUGCUGCUUCCCGUUCUAGUCGAUCUCGUCGGGGCGGACAAACUCAACAACUCCAUGGGCUUCUCCAUGUUCUUCGUGGGCCUGGGAUGCCUCACGGGGCCUCCUUUGGCAGGCUUCCUGUACGACUACACUCAGACUUACGACUGUUCUUUCUACCUGGCUGGGCUCUGCUAUCUGCUCUCCUCCCUCUCCCUCUUCCUGGAGCCGCUGGCUCAGCGGUGGAGGGCCCGGAACAAACUGACCUGGGACAAGAGGGCAGAAAGCAGCUGUAGGACCAACGGCUGCUUCACCCCCGACCGCCUACAGAACGGCGCUGUGUAGGAAUGAAACCCAGGGAAGGCCUUGGAUCUUGAGCCAGCACGCUCAUAACUUGACAUAGGCCUGCAUACCCUAGACUCCAGCUUAAAGUCGGGACCCGAGUGACCCGAGGAGAGGAAAGUGAUGUCCUGCCUAAGAUGUCUGAGAACAUACAGUAGACCGGACGAUGAUUAAGUUGAACUUUUAAAAAGCCAAAAUUUUAGAGUUCUGCAAAAUAUUUUAUCCCCUCUUAUUGUUCUUAUCAGAGGUACAUGCAUCCGACCUGAAGUUAAUCCCCUACAAAUAUGUUCAAGCAUAUAUUUUAAUAUUAGCAGCUGUGCAACCAUAACUUAUUAAAACAUAUUACAGAUUUUUUCCCAGUGCAACAACGAAACUGCGCUCACUCUGCAGAAACCUCUCCAUGCACACACUCAAUACUGCUGGGAGCUAAGCUGUGUGGUUGAGCUCAGCUGGUUCUUUCCAUUAAUGAAAGCACACAUCCAUGAAGAAAUACUCAUCACCUGAAUCCUUUGGGAAGCCUUUACCUGUUAUCUGUAAACUUGUACUCACUGAUAUGCACUUUGGGCCAAUAUGUGAUUAUGCUGCAUGUCAUUUCCUCUGACCUUUAACUGCCAGAUAGUUAAGAUACUGAGCAAACCACUUAACUGCAGCCUGCUUGUAUGACACAAUGUGUAAUCUGCUCCUUAAAGCCAAAAAAGCAGCAGCUGCUUCAGUAGAAACGGUAUCUCUUGUCCCUACAAGAUAAUUAUAGAUUGUAUGGCAUGCAUUAUAUAGCAUCUCGAGGUAUGACUUACUCGCUUUCGCUGAUGCACACUCAUACUCUCGUAUUUAUAUCUUUAUCAAUAAUAUUCUGGACGCUUUUUGUCCAUCAACUUACUUAGGCCUUCUUUCACCUACACUCACCAAUAUUCCCAUUGAAGUGAAUGGGCAGAAAGUUCAAAAGUUUAACAUUUUUCAAACUCCUUUUCCAUUUCAUAAUUCCUACUUACAUCCAUAUACAGUUUAACCCUUUGGUUAAGUCUUUUCAUAUAUCACACUUUUUCUGGAAUCACAGACGAAGCUUUAAACUUUUUUCAGAGCUGUUCAGGAGUUAUAAUGUGUGUAUACUGUGCUGGGGGCACCGACUUCUUGCAGCAGAGCAUUCAGAGGCAUUUAGAAGUUUAAAAACAUUCUCAGCUGUGUUCAGUACAAAAACUGACCCGUCAACUUCUUUUACUGAUUCACAUAAAGUAACCCUUGAAGGUGCACUAUGUAGUUCUGGAAAAGGAUAAUCUAACUCAGAUUUUUUGAUAUUCACAAUAUUAAUGAUGUAAUAAUACAAACAGAGAAAUGUUUCAUUUUUCCAGAACUGAGUAAACAAGUUGUUCUCAGGGGAAAAUAAGGUCCCAGAACACUGUUUGAAGCUAGAAAGGUGGCAGGGUCCGCCAAAAUGAAGAGUUUGUUUAUUCAGUUUGCUCAGGCACUUUUUCUCUAGUGAUUAGAAUUUUGUCCCCAAAACUACAUAAUGCACUUUAAAACUGACUCUGCCCUCCUAUCACUUGUCUCUGCACUGUGUAAUGUUUACUCCAACAUACAAGCUUUCAACACAUAUUGUCAUGAAUGGUGAGUUUCGUUUGUAGUUAGCACCUGCCAAACUGUUGCAGAUCUGGGAUUUGUAUUUACGGCAGUGGUGUCCAAUCAGAAACUGUGCUCGCAAUGCUAGUUUCUACAUAAUGUUGCUUUAACCGCUUCAAUUCCAACCGCUUACACAGGGUAGACUUUUCAACUUCAGCUAUCACAUAUCACAUGAUUUUAAUCAGUACACUUCAACUUAUUUCAGCCACUUUGCAGUUCAACUCACACCUCAGCUUUUUUUUUCAUGCUUACACUUCAAAUGACACAUCAAACUGACACCGCCACUGACGCUCCAACUUUAAGCACAUUUUUACCUGUUUACAGUGUUUGUACAGUUUUCAGUGCAGACGAGCACACUUCAAUUUCUCUUUACUUUCUUUUUAAUCGAAACCUCAGUUGUGACCUUUUAAAUGCUACAACGAAUCUACAAACUGCCUUUCUCUGUUUGUGGGUUAGUAAUGAUAGUGUGAAUUUUAAUAACUCCAGUUACUUGGCAUACAGUCACGCCUUGCUCAUCGUUUGUGAGCUGUUCUAUGCAAGCGCACACAGAGAGGGGUUUUCCUGUCAUUAACAGCUCGCUUGGACAGCAUUUUAACUGUUGUUCCUGAAGCCAAGAUUUAAGUGUGAUUCCUCAAUAUUUUGAUCACAGUUAGACUGAGGGGCGACGGAGCUGAUGAGGGUGAGAAACGUGUCAUUUUGUCAAUCAUGUAUGUCUGUAAAUCAUCUGACCAACUGUGUAACAAAGAUGUUUCGCUGGAGUUGCCCUUGUAGAUGUGUGUGGAUGCACGUCGCCCCACUGGACUGAUUGGAAACUGUUGCCAAGCCUUAACAGUGCCUGCAGGCAGCCAAUUAAUGGCAUUGCAACUUGUAGUUGUGUUUUGUUUAUAUAUGGGAGUCUGUUGGUUGUUGAAUCUUUUUUUUUUUUAUGUAAUAGGGGUUUUUGUGUUUCCACCAGUUUGCCUUAUAAGGUACUGUACUGUAUCUUUACUAACCUUCCUGUGAUGUCAGCCAAAGACACAUUAGAAACCUACCUACAACUUGAAGCUUAUCAUUAGUUUAAUAAUAAACAGUUUGGAGAGUUUAAAUAAUUGAAACCACUAUGAUCAUUAUCCAGUCAUCUCCAAGUCUUGAGGACAGCCCAGACUGUAAUGAUGGACAUGUGUGUUGUUACGCUGCCCUCGUGUGGCAGAGGAGCGCUCUUACUCAAAGAAUGCUGUCUCAAUUAGUACCAAAUUAUUCCCCCUCAACUCACUUUCACAAUACUGAGCAAGGCUCUUUGUAUUGUUUCAAUAACGACAGUCAUGCACAAAAGCUCUUUUGGCUCACGAGUUGCAUUCAGCACCAGUAUGCUUUUGUGAUUGAGGACCACUGAAUAUUUUGUACCAUAAUAAAUCUUUUAUGAAAAGUAUUUGACGCUUUAAAGUAGAUUUUGGUUUGGGGUUUAUUUUACUUGUUAGGUUUAGGGAAAUGUAUGUUUGAGAAAUAUCUUGAAAGGAUUUUUGUGUCCCUUUGGUAUGUCUUAAACUCUGCCGAUAAGGAACUGAGUUCUACUUGGUGGCGUUUGAUUUUGUGUUUUUGCUGCAGUGAAUGCAUUUAAGGGUAAAGCACUGUUUUGUCACUACUCUGCUCCUACAUUUGUUAACAGAUAGAUUAGGAAACAUGCUAAACCAAUCAUAGAUAUCCUCUUCCAAGCCCGUAGAGUUCAUUUUUAAGCCUUGUAACAGUGCGUGGUCAGCUGUAAUAAACUGACAUGUGACUCAAGUCUGUUCCUGUGUGAUUCGGCAAUAAAUGCACUGAGGCCACAAAAACAUUCACAGCUUUUUACAUCUUCAACAUGUUUUAUUGAGACAUUAUUAAGACAUACUGACUUGAAUAAACAAAUGAUUCAUUUAUA